GGUACUGUAGUAAGUAAUAGUUGGUGGCCUCUCUUCGUAGUGCUUCGUUCCAUUUUGUUGUUUACUUAUCGCAGAGAAAGUGUACGAGUUCGUCUAUCUUUUCUAAAAAGUGAAAAUUAUUGUGUUUAAAAUCGUCUUUAAAUGAAUACUAGAUAACGUCCGUAGUAAUUUGUGAAAUACACUGUGAAAAUUUGCAAUAUGUUGAUCCAUAUUCUCAGUAAAAUCAAAUAUAUUUUACUCUACUAUGUUUUGGGUGCGAAAGGCAUACUGCACGAUUUCCUUUACAGUAAAUACAAUCACGUGGAAUUGAAAGAUAAGUCUAAUUAUGUGGCCGUGGUUACAGGAGGUGCCAGAGGAAUUGGCAAAGAAAUUGUUAGAAAAUUGAUGCAAUGUAAUAUGCAUGUUGUGAUAGGUUGUCGAGACGUAAAAAAGGGCGAAUCGGUUAUACAAGAGCUUCGCGACGCAGGCGUCCGUACAGGUGAAGCAUCCGUCAUCGAGUUAGACCUUAAAUCGUUAAAAUCCGUGAAAAAAUUCGCCGAUACAUUUUUGCAACGUCACAAAUACCUGAAUUUAUUGGUGAAUAAUGCCGGUAUAAUGUUUGUACCUUAUGAAGAAACUGAAGAUGGAGUAGAAUCUCAUUUGGCUGUUAAUUAUUUGGGUCAUUUUUUACUAAGUCAUUUACUGUUACCGGCGUUGACAAAGGCGGAUAGGCAGUUUAGCGAAAAUGCCAGGAUAAUUAACGUGUCUUCUUGCGCUCACGAAGUAUCACCUCGUAUCAACUUCGACGAUAUAUAUAUGAAGAAAAAUUACAUCGAGCAAGCUGCGUAUUCUCAAUCGAAAAUGUGCCAGUUGAUGUUCACGAAAUACUUCAACAAGUAUUUGAGGAAGUUAGACACUGGAAUACAAGUAAUCGCUGUGCAUCCUGGAGUCGUCGAUACGGAAAUAUUCAACGGAACUUUGGUGAAAAUGACGGCCCCGUGGGCUUUACACUUGUUUUGCAAGGUAUGCAAGACCCCUGAUCAAGGAGCCACCGGAGUCAUCUACUGUUGCAUCGAAGAUGAAUUGGAGAAAGCCGGAGGAAAAUAUUAUUCGAAUUGCACCUUGCAAAAUUGCAUAUCUUACGUAGACGAGGUCGAAGAACAAGAACGAUUGUACGAAAUUUCCAAAAAAAUAGUCAAAGAUUUUCUACCAAAAUUGGAAUAAAGCGAAUGCGGAUAAUUUGAAUCUUACGUCUGAAUGAAAAUUUUUCAAUUAAAUUCUUAUUCCCGUUUGUACGAAAUUGAAACUUCGAGGCUGUGUUCGAUGAUAUUUUGAAAUUUGUCGACAUUUUUUUUAUAUAUCUAUUUUUUUUACCACAUUCCUAUACGUAUAACAUUUCGAAUAAAAUACCUAAAUUAAAAAUUAAUUAAUACUCGGAAUAAAAAUUCGCGACGAACUUACCUUUUCCUUUUUGAGCUUCAACGUGCUUUCAAACUCACCGUAUCGGUUACCCUAAUUAACUAAAGCACUCGAUUGAUUUUUUUUUCACAAAAAAGGGGUGUACCUAGUACCUCUACCUACCAGUACCUUGAGAAAAUACUUCGGUCAUCGCAUCGGAUAUCCUGUUAUCUUUUAAUACCGUAGUUAAUCCCACGAAUAUAAACAAUGGAAGCGUGAUUCGACGAUCGCGUUCGAUGGUCACCCGCAAAGUGCUUCAUCAGCACAAGUGUCUCAAUCGUGCUUAAUUACCCAAAUAUGGUGAAAUAUUUAUUGUGAUUUAAAAUCAUGUAUUUGUCGACUGAUUUUCAUUUCUUUUCUUUUUUUUUUCUCUAUCGAUUUACUUAAUUUAUUGUAUAAUUAUGUACCUACAUGUGUAUUUUGCGUUAAUUUUUUGAAAAAAAGAAACAUUUUUUUACUUGA